AUGAGCCACUGGCACCUUGGGGCCACUAGACGUUCCUGCCACGAGUGCUUCAGUCCACAGAUGUCACGGUCAACAUCAACAAAAAUUUUAAAUUCUAAAAACGAAAUUGGUACAAUUUUUCGAUUUGUAAAAAAUCGACUGAUCAACAUUCAGACAAAUUCGAAUAGGAGAAACAUGUCUUGCGAACUUAUAGAAAUCGAUGGAUCGUUGAUGGAAGGUGGUGGACAAAUCCUCAGAAUAUCUUUAACUCUAAGUGCUUUGAGACGUAUUCCGGUUAGGAUAAUAAAUAUUAGAGGUGGGAGAAGUAAACCUGGUCUAAUGGAACAGCAUUUUAAAGGUAUUUUGCUUCUGAAGGAAAUCUGCUCAGCAAAUGUUAAAGGUGCAGCUUUAGGAUCAACCCAGGUGGAGUUUUGGCCAGGUGAGAUAGAAGGUGGAUCAUUUCGUGCUCAGGUCAAAACAGCUGGCAGCAUAAGCCUACUUUUACAAGUAGCAUUACCUUGUACACUAUUUGCAAAAACCCCAACAACUCUCACACUUCAAGGAGGUACUAAUGCAGAAAUGGCACCCCAGAUAGAUUACACCACUGAAGUAUUCAGACCCAUCCUGGAAAAAUUUGGAGCUACUUUUGAUUUUGACUUGGUUAGAAGAGGGUAUUUUCCUAAAGGUAAUGGUGAGGUUAUUGUUAAUGUGAAACCUAUACAGAAAUUAAAUCCUAUUGAACUUAUGGAAAGAGGACAUGUGACUUCAAUUUAUGGUUGGAGUUUUGUUGCUGGUACUUUCCCAGAAAGGUUAUCUCACCAGAUGGCAGAUAGUGCUACAAAGGUAUUGAAAAGUUACAGCAGAGUAAAUAUUGAGAGAUAUAAAGAAGAUAGGAAUGUAGCUCCUGACAACUGCUCAGGCAUCUUAUUAAUAGCAGAAACAGAUACCAAAUGUAUAUUAGGUUCUUCAGCUCUUGGUAAAAGAAAUGAAUCUGCAGAAGAAACAGGAAAGAGAGCAGGAGAAGACUUGAAAGAUGUUCUGGAUGAAGGUUCAUGUUUUGAUAAACACAGCCAAGAUCAAAUAAUUAUUCUCAUGGCUUUAGCAAAAGGACAGUCUAGAGUAAGAGUUGGAGAUAUUACAAUGCAUACAAAAACUGCCAUAUUUGUGGUAGAAAAAAUGACCAAGGUGAAAUUUGAAAUAAUUCCAUCUGGAUCAACCAACAUAAUUCAGUGUUCUGGUGCAGAAUAA